UUUUUUCGAUGCUGCAGUAUAGUGACUGCAGUACGCGAGUCCAAUCAGAACGAAUAUUGUACAACUGGGAUGCAUGUAUGCUAUUUGUAUAAUAUUAAAGAAAAAAGAAAGAGAAAUCAACGUUGGUGGGUGCCUCCAGUUUUUAGCAGUGUACGGUUUGGUUUUGUUUUUGUAUUUUAUCUAAUUCCGGCCAUCUUUGCUGCAUUCUCCUUGGUCCGUGAAUUCAUCGGAAUUAAAUUCGAGAAAGCAAUUUUACACCGUGCAUAGAUACCUCGCUACGUGCAUGUAGUGCAUUUCUCUACGAACGAGUGCACAUGGUUAUAUGUAGCACUUCCAAUGUUCUGUCGUCAUGCCGUGAGUCAUCGACUACCAGUCUCUAUUCCCCUUGAAGUAAAAUGAUUGCGAAAACGAUCUACGAACGACGUCUUUUUUCGCCACGGGCCUUUAAUACAUUCCACAAAAGCCACGGGAUCCAGACGAGUUAAUUGGUUAAAAACUGCCACGUGAAAUUCGUAUUGCGAUCAAUAAUGUGUGUCUGCGUUGGUAUUCGCUCUAAUGCGAUCUGCUUUUAUGCCCGAAACGCUGCAGAGCACGCUUCAUCCCUGUUUAUGGAAGAAAGCCAAGAGAUAAACAGGGGAAAGAAAUCAUUGAUUGCAAAGAGGAUGCUUUUACCAAAUCAAAAAACAGGACAUCCUCUCUUCCUUAUAGUUCUUGAUCUUCCAUCAGCCUGAAAACAUUCUUAUGGUUCAAAGAAGAAUCGCGAAGCUGGAUGUGGGCCCGUGUCCUCGACCUGCGAAGUGUUGUCAAGUGUCAUACACGCGUGUCGCCCUCUUAGAAGCUUCAUUCAUCGCACCCUUACGCACCCUCGGGUUAUUUCUACUGACCGAUUAACGCUUAUUUGCGUAUGGCUGUAACGACAGGCGUAGUACGAUGCUUUCUUACGUUAGAAACGCAUCAUUCAUUCCGUUGUACCUGCCGGACACAUCGCCCAUACGUCUGUGCACGCAUUUCGUGCGCGGCGGAGGAGACUUCCGCAAAUCCAUGGGGCGCAUGCGCCAUUUUCCCACCCUCGUCUCCCCCAUUUUGUCCAGAGGGUGCGAAGCCAAACGUAACCCCUCAGUAAAGAAUUAAACGCGAUUCCGCGAGGUGUCCUCUCUCCUCCCCCUUUAACAACAAUAUUACGGGCCACUCUAGUGUACAUAUAUACAAAUUAUAAUUUUUUUACGGUCGUAACACGAGACAGAUGAUGUUUUUACAAGUUCGAUUUACCAAAAGUGACAAUACGCCCGCGACAUUACCCGUGGAAAUUCUAGAGAGAUCGAUAUAGUAGAAAGUUGUAUCUCUUUUUUUUGUACGGAUUAGCUAGGUCCAACAGUCUCCAACAUUACCGAUGGGUAGAAGAGAUAUGUCAAGAAUGCUGAAUGCUUAUAGAAUCAAAAAAAUAGAAAACAUUGGUAGAAUGACGGCCAUGACACAGGAAGAAAUUGUGGCCGGUGCGAGGACUGUCGCCCAAGGGCUGGAGGCCCUUCGUGUCGAACACGAAGGACUCCUGCAGGGUUUACAAUGGCAGGAAGAACCAGCCGCGUUAGACAAAGCCAACUUGUUGUCAAAAAACAUCGAAAUGAUAGGACUGGGCCUCGGGGAGGCCGAGGUGAUGAUGGCUCUCGCGAAUCACUUGCAAAAGGUCGAGGCUGAGAAACAAAAGCUUAGAACGCAAGUGAAAAGGUUGUGCGAGGAAAAUGCUUGGUUGAGGGACGAGUUGGCUGGAACACAGCAGAAGUUACAAGCUAGCGAGCAAGCAGUAGCCAAAUUGGAAGUAGACAAAAGACAAUACGAGUUCAUGGAGAGUAUGAGACAGUACGAUACCGACCGUCCAGCCGAUGAUGAGAACGUCAAAGACAGACCUAAAAAUAAUCCUGUGGUCGACCUGUUCCCCGACGACGAUGUGGAUGACCGAAGUAGUAAGUCGAUAUCGCCGACACCGCCGUCGCAAUUUGCGCAGCAAGUGAACGCCGGAUACGAAAUACCAGCGCGUUUACGUACACUGCACAAUUUGGUUAUCCAGUACGCGGGCCAAGGUCGGUACGAGGUGGCGGUGCCUCUUUGCAAGCAGGCGUUAGAAGAUUUAGAAAAGACCUCCGGUCACGAUCAUCCGGACGUCGCCACGAUGUUGAACAUUCUUGCAUUAGUGUACAGAGAUCAAAAUAAAUAUAAGGAGGCAGCGAAUCUGUUGAACGACGCGUUGGCUAUUCGCGAGAAGACGCUCGGCGAGAACCACCCCGCCGUUGCCGCGACGUUGAACAAUUUAGCAGUUUUGUAUGGGAAACGUGGCAAGUACAAAGAAGCCGAGCCGUUGUGCAAGCGUGCGCUCCAUAUUCGCGAAAAGGUUCUCGGUCGCGACCAUCCGGACGUCGCGAAACAGCUGAACAACCUCGCGUUGCUCUGUCAAAAUCAGGCGAAAUACGUGGAGGUCGAAUGCUAUUAUCAGAGGGCCCUCGAAAUUUACGAGGCGAAACUUGGACCGGACGAUCCCAAUGUCGCGAAAACAAAGAACAACCUCGCGUCGUGUUUUUUGAAACAGGGAAAGUACAAGGAUGCGGAGGUUCUGUAUAAGCAAGUACUGACCAGAGUACACGAGAAAGAGUUUGGUGCUAUUGCUGGCGAUAAUAAACCAAUUUGGCAGGUGGCGGAAGAAAGGGAAGAGAAUAAGCAUAGAAAUAAAGAGAAUGCCCCGUACGGAGAAUAUGGAGGCUGGCACAAAGCUGCCAAGGUAGAUUGUCCUACAGUCGCGACUACCCUGAAAAAUCUUGGUGCGUUGUAUCGACGACAAGGAAAAUAUCAGGCGGCAGAAACAUUGGAGGAUUGCGCCCUGAGGACACGAAUGGAUACAUUGGAGUUUGUGAAGCAAGGAAAGGUCGCGCAGAUUUUACUGGAUGAUAAGGGUUACACGAGACGCGGUUCAGGGUCCAGUCUAGCCAACAGCGAAUACGAGCAACACGAGGAGGGCUCGCUGCCGCUGGUACAAAGGGCGCUACAUGAAGGACAGUCUGGCCACCACGACGCUAGUCCUAACAAACCCGGUUUUAAAAACAAGAUCUUUCAAGCUUUUGGGAUUCACUCUUCCACGUAGGAUUAUCCUUCGUCUGUAGUAUUGCCUGUCGUUUGAUUAUGCCCGGUCAUACAAAGAUCCUUUUCGGUAUUAUGUCACUCGAGGUCUGUACUCUUAGGACAAGAGGUGAUAUUUACAUACGCUGUUCGAUAUGCAUUACGUUUAGGCAUUCGUUUGAAAGAAAAAUUCGUAACGGUGUACCCAAAUGCCGAGGAAUACUACGAUCUUGCGAAAUGUUUUAACGAUUUGACGCUCCUGAAUACAAGCAUUUAUAGGAGAAUGCAUAGUUGAACGUAAGAACGGGCCUUUUUUUUGGCGAUUUUGGGCAUUUGAUACUGUUUUCCGCAGCCAGGUAUCCCCCCGACAAUGCGACGAAAGCACAUCGUAACUGCACAUUCUUUUAUUACAUUUACAAAGUAUUUCGAUAACGUUCAUUGCUAUUUCUAUGAUCGUUCUGGCGAAAGUAUUGCGUAGAAAAGUACUGUAGCCUUCAUAAAUCUCUUCCACUCAUAAGCUGUGAUAAUAACGCCCUUCGAUGAAUUUCGUUUUUCUUUCAUUUCUUAUUUUUGUUUUGAUCGAAACCGACGACAUUUGUAUUUCGUAUAUUUUAAACUGUUAACCAGGAUUCGACGAAGGUGCUUUCUAUGGAGCAUUUGUUCUUCAUUUUUCAUUAUUUAUCUGUAAUUACGAUAACUAUUGAAACUUUUUACGCUUGUAUUAUACACAGCCAUAUAGAAAGUGACUAGAAUAAACAAAGCUUCCAGAGACAAUUAUAUUUUCAUAUUGAAUAUAUUUUCAUAUUUUUGAAUAUAUUUUCAAUCGUAGAAAUAAAAUGAUCGGAUCUUCAAUCGUUCGAGCGAACGUACCAUUCGAUGUUUCAGCUAUUUUUCAUUUUUUUAAGUCAAAGUACUGUGAAGCUACGCGUAUAAAUUAUAAGUAGUUGAUUCUAGCAACAGCUUUGCUUAACUAUAUAAUUCGGUAUAGAUAUGCAAAGAUGACAUUUGAAAAUGA